UUUGAUUUCCUUGCUGAAUUUCUCUGACUUUUUUUUCCAACAAAUUUUCCCAAAAAUGUCUGGCCGUGGUAAAGGUGGUAAAGGUCUCGGUAAAGGUGGCGCUAAACGUCAUCGUAAAGUUCUUCGUGAUAAUAUCCAAGGUAUUACAAAACCGGCUAUUCGUCGAUUGGCUCGUCGUGGUGGUGUCAAACGUAUUUCCGGCUUGAUCUACGAAGAAACUCGAGGUGUCCUGAAAGUUUUCCUUGAAAAUGUUAUCCGUGAUGCUGUUACAUAUACCGAACAUGCUAAACGUAAAACAGUCACCGCUAUGGAUGUUGUUUAUGCUUUGAAACGACAAGGACGUACUUUGUAUGGUUUUGGCGGUUAAUUUAAUUUUUCCUGAAUAUUAUCAUCGCUGAUCAUUUCCAUUAUUAUAUUUCUCAUUACAUCAAAAAACGGUCCUUUUCAGGACCAUAAUUUUAUUGACGACCUUAGAGCUAUUUUUUUUGUAAAAAUUAAAAUAAAAUUACAUUUUUGAUUCAU